CACACUGUGCCACGCACAAGAUGGCGGCGGGGAGGAUGGCACCGUCACCCUUGGCGUUUUCUCGGGCCGCCAUGCUGGUGAGGGCGAGCGGAUCGAUGCGGUGGGCUUUCCCUCGCACCUUGUGCCUGAGCGGACAAGCGAAGACAGCGAGCGAGGAAGGCGCCGCCGCCGCCGCCACCCUCUGCUUCCCGUUGAGCCGCGCGCUGCUCCGUCUCCAAGGCCCCGAAGCGGAGCCCUUCCUCCAGGGCUUGCUGACCAAUGACGUGUCGCGCCUCGCAGCGGUGGGCGGAGCCCCGGAGGCGCCUCGCGCGCUCUACGCGCACGCCCUCAACGUCCCGGGGAGGUGCCUCUAUGACGUCAUCCUGUACAGGAUCCACGAGAGCCCGCGAGAAGAGCCCCACCUUGUGCUGGAGUGCGAUGCCGCUGCCUUGGACGCCUUCCAGAAGCAUCUGAAACUGUACAAGAUCCGGAGGAAAGUCAGCAUCACCUGCUGCCCUGACCUGGCUGUGUGGGCUGCCAUUCCAAAGGGGCCGUCGGAGGACGCGUCCCACGGAUUCCAGCAGUGCCCCCACAAAGCUGUGCUUGUGACACCUGACCCCAGAGCGGAUGUUAUGGGGUGGAGGCUGAUAACCAGCAAAGGCACAGACCCACUCGAGAUUGUCCCGGGAAGCCAGAUCGGAGAGGUUGAGGAUUACCAUCGGCACAGGUACAGACAAGGUGUCCCCGAAGGCAUCAAAGACCUACCUUCUGGAAUAGCUUUGCCUCUGGAAUCCAACCUGGCUUAUAUGAACGGGAUCAGUUUCACAAAAGGCUGUUACAUAGGUCAGGAGUUAACAGCUAGGACCCACCACAUGGGUGUCAUUCGAAAGCGCCUCUUACCAAUAGAGCUUUCAUCUCCUGUGCCUUCCGAGAGCAUCCCCGAGGGGGCUGAGAUCGUUUCGGAAUCAGGGAAGUCUGCCGGAAAGUACCGGGCUGGGGUGGACCAGCUUGGCAUCGCCCUCCUGCGAUUGGCUAACAUAAACGAACCCCUGCACCUAAAAGUCUCCGGCGACUCCCAUGUGAGCCUCACUGCCUCCAUUCCAAAAUGGUGGCCCAAACUUGACAGCAAAUAGAAUCAGCCCAUGCUGGACCGCAUCUGCCUUACUUGCUGAAGAAGCCUGAUGGGUCUGAAGUUCAUUCAGAUGUGUGUUUUCUCCUUCCCAGGAUGCAUCAGGGCAUCUGACACACCAUACUUUUCAGUAAAGCUUGGACUAGAGGAAUCCCUGGCAAUAAACUGAGUACCCCAGUGUGUGUCUGUAUGUUUCUACAUUUGCCAAACAGCCACACCAUCCGUCCGUCCGUCCAUCCGUCCUUCCUUCCUUCCGUCCUUCCUUCCAUUCAGCAGAUGACAGAGGAGCUGAAGAAACUCCAGCCUGAGCUGCUGCAUCUUUGAGUCACACCGAAGCUUCUUCAAGGGGGGCCGCAUUGGCAGAUGCGCCAGUGGCAGCUGUCAGCCUCGGCAUUUGCAUUUGGAGACCACUUGCAGCCUGUGCCUGGCUCCACACCUGGGGCAGGCAGGGAGCGUCCUGCACCCCGAAAGGGCCUCAGCUUGCUCUUGUCGCAAAGUAAGAGGGAAAUACCGCUCUGCUGUUUUGAUUUCUCUCUCUGGCAGUGGCUGCAGACGAGAGGGGGGAAAGCAGGAGAAAUGGGUCACUGCCAGGGAGACGGAAUCAGAAAACCUCGACCGUAUGCUAAAAGAGAAAUUGCUUUUGAGAGUCUGAAAUGUCGUGGAAUGGCUUCUGAAUGGGGUAAUGGCUCCUUUGAGCAACAGUGUUUCUGUGGAUUUGUACGACAGCUUUCUGAGGUGAGAUAAAAUAUUUAUUAUAAUUUAUGAAGACAAAGCAUUCUACUGAUCCUCAGUUACAUUAAGAAUAACCACUGCCACUUAAAAAGAGCCACUAUAAAGCACUGCCUUUGUUUCGACAAAUAUGCCUUCUUGAUCACUGUGGAAAGUAUUCAAUAUAUCAGCUGGGGGAGGUGCUGCUGUUAAUCAGAGGAAAGAUCUCAUGUUGUGGAUUUGGCAUUCCAAAAUCAUUGUUGCAGUUCUGAGGUAGCUUUUACCAUGUGUUAUUCAACAUAUGAAAUGUUUGGCUGUUUUGAGAAAAUAGACUUUGAAAGCACAUUGGUCCAAAAUCUACAGUUAGACAAUUUCUUUGUAAGAUCCAACGAAAAUGUCACAAAUGAGAAUUUUUGUUCACCUUACAUAGUUUAGAGAUUUUUUUUAGAAGUCCCAAACCACGAAACGAUCCAAAUGAAGUAUACAAAUCCCCUUUUGAUUCCUUUUGAGAUCCCCAUGGAGGUAUAAUCACGUCUGAGAAACACUUCCGUGACUUUUUUUGGUUUGCACGGUCCUCUCCGCCUGCAGGUCCCAUGGUGCUGUGUGCCAGGCUGUAGCGGUGCCUGCAGCCUUUAAAAAUUGGGGGGAGAGGGGAGCAAAGACUGAUCUCAAGCUAAUGCAAGAAGAGCCCAUGAACGAGUCUCGUUUGCUCUGCUCCUCCUCGCUCCUAGUGAUGCCAGCACCCGGCACUGAGCCAUCUUCUCUCCUUGCAGAGCCGUUUUUAAGGCACGGCAUCAUGUCAACCCCACCUGAUGGCACCAUGUCAAUUCACACAGCUGAAAUGCAGCAGCUGGGACUGGAACACCUGGCAGUGCAGGUGAGCUUUCCCACCCCAGCCCUCCCCACAGAACGAUGGAUGGAUGGGGCUGACCACAGCGGGUAAACUCUGGGAAACGACACAUUCUGGCGACGAGCGCUUUCUAAGUUGGCCGGCCUUUCAAGAAAUAGUAUUGCAAUUUUAAGGCGAGCAUGCGCUGGGCAGUGAUUUAGAAUUAUGCAAUGUGUAACUAUUUUUAAAGCUGUCCAGUUUUAUAGCAUCGGCGCAGAUCAGAAGCUCUCUCAAAGGCCACUACAUUCUACUGCAGAGCAUUAAAUUGUCUGGGAAAUAGUUGUGUGUCAGAUUCCUGAUAGUAAAACAUCAUAAACAUUAAAUGUUUUGUCUACCAAUAAAUGAUUUUGAUUUAAUGUG